AUGUGUCUGAUUCAGGAAUCGGUGACGUUCAGGGAUGUGGCUGUGGAAUUCACCCAGGAGGAGUGGAGGUGUCUGGAGCCUGCCCAGAGGUCCUUGUAUAAGGAUGUGAUGUUGGAGAACUACAAGAACCUGAUCUCUCUUGGAAUCCCUGUUUCGAAGUUGGAUGUGGUCUCCUUGUUGGAAAAGGGAGCAGCAGCGUGGACCCGAGAGGGAGAAGACCCAAGAGGCACUUGUCUAGAUUCCUUUAGAGAAGACACCAGAUUUGAAAUCCAGGAUUUAAGCAUGGGAAUAUCAUCAAGGAAAAAACUGUCAAAGAGCAUUGCCUGGCAUUGCAAAAUGGAAAAAGCUGUGGAAUAUAAUGUCAAUUUGAAGAAACAAGAGAGACCAUCCAGAGAAGCCACCAUUCGCAGAACAACUUUGAGUGAUAUGAGUGUGCCUCAAUGUGAGACACUGGGGCACAGUUUAAGUCUGGGGCCAGAGUUAGUUGCACCGUGGAAUGAGACUGUGGAGAAAAGUCUGGAUAAAUAUAAGACAGCUGGAAAGAGCUUCAAGGGGUUUUCAAACCUAACUGCAUAUAAUACAGUCUUUUUAGAGAAAAACCUAUCUAAAUAUACCAAAUGCAAGAAGCCUUUCAGAUACCACUCAGGACUGUUUAAGUUUCAUAGAAUACAUGCUGGAAAGAAGCUACAUAAACAAAGUGAAGGUGGAAAAAUAUUCAGAAGAUCAAAUCUUAUUGGAAAUCAGAGAAUUUCUACCAGAGAGAAACAUGAAUAUACAAAAUAUGGAAAAGGCUUUAGCCACAAAGGAAGCUUGACCAAACUUAAGAUAAAUCAUCCUAAAGUGAAACCCUUUAAAUGUAAUGAAUGUGGGAAAGGUUUUAGCCUGAGAUCAAACCUCAUUACCCACCAAAAAACUCACACUGGAGAAAAACCCUUUGAAUGUAACGAAUGUGGGAAAUCCUUUAGUCGGAGGGGAAAUCUGAUUGCACAUCAGAGAACUCAUAAUGGAGAGAAACCCUUUGUAUGUAAUGAAUGUGGAAAAUGUUUCAGCCAGAGGGGAAACCUGAUUGCACAUCAGAGAACUCAUACUGGAGAGAAAUCUUUUCCAUGUAAUGAAUGUGGAAAAAGCUUCAUUCAUAGGGUAAAUCUUAUUACUCAUCAGAGAACUCAUACAGGAGAAAAACCCUUUGCAUGCCAUGAAUGUAGAAAAGGCUUUAGUCAUAGGGGAAACCUUAUAACCCAUCUGAGAACUCAUACUAGAGAGAACCCCUUUGAAUGUAAUGAGUGUGGGAAAGCUUUCAGAUUCAGGGGAAGUCUUAUUAGACACCAGAGAACUCAUACUGGAGAGAAACCCUUUUCGUGUAAUGUAUGUGGGAAAGCCUUCAACCACAUGGGAUACCUCAUUGAUCAUCAGAGAACUCAUACUGGAGAGAAACCCUUUGAAUGUAAUGAAUGUGGGAAAGGUUUCAGCAAGAGAGGAUACCUUAUUUGUCAUCAAGGAAUUCAUACUGGUGAGAAACCCUUUAAAUGUAAUGAAUGUGAGAAAGCCUUCAGCCAGAGAGGAAACCUUAUUGCACAUCAGAGAACUCACACUGGAGAGAAACCCUUUGCAUGUAAGGAAUGUGGGAAAGGCUUUAGCCGGAGAGAAAAUCUUACUAGUCAUCAGAGAGUUCACACUGGGGAGAAACCCUUUGCCUGUAAGGAAUGUGGGAAAUCCUUUACCCAGAGAACAAGCCUUAUUACCCAUCAGCGAAUUCAUACUGGAGAGAAACCCUUUGUAUGUAAUGAAUGUGGGAAAUCCUUCAGCCACAGAGACUCCCUCACUUAUCAUCAAAGAACUCAUACUGGAGAAAAACCCUUUGAAUGUAAUGAAUGUGGGAAGGCCUUCACCCAGAGAGCAAACCUUGUUACCCAUCAGAGAACUCAUACUGGAGAGAAACCCUUUAUAUGUAAUGAAUGUGGGAAAGCUUUUGGACAUAGAGUAUCCCUCACUUGUCAUCAAAGAACUCAUAAUGGAGAGAAACCCUUUGAAUGUAGUGAAUGUGGGAAGACUUGUAGCCAGAAAGCAAACCUUAUUUCCCAUCAAAGAACUCAUAUAAGAGAGAAACCCUUUGCAUGUAAGGAAUGUGGGAAAGGCUUUAGCAGGAGAGAAAAUCUUACUAGUCAUCAGAGAGUUCAUACUGGGGAGAAACCCUUUGCAUGUAAGGAAUGUGGGAAAGGCUUUAGCAGGAGUGAAAAUCUUACUAGUCAUCAGAGAGUUCAUACUGGGGAGAAACCCUUUGCAUGUAAGGAAUGUGGGAAAUCCUUUACCCAGAGAACAAGAUUCAUUACCCAUCAGCGAAUUCAUACUGGAGAGAAACCCUUUGUAUGUAAUGAAUGUGGGAAAUCCUUCAGCCACAGGGACUCCCUCACUUAUCAUCAAAGAACUCAUACUGGAGAAAAACCCUUUGAAUGUAAUGAAUGUGGGAAGGCCUUCACUCAGAGGGGAAAAUACCUCAUUGCCCAUCAGAGAACUCACACUGGAGACAAACCAUUUGAAUGUAAUGAAUGUGGGAAAGCCUUUAGCAAAAAGGGAAAUCUUAUUACCCAUCAGAGAACACACACUGGAGAGAAACCAUUUGAAUGUAAUGAAUGUGGGAAAGUCUUUAGCUGGAAGGAAAGUCUUAUUACUCAUCAGAAUACUCAUACUGGAGAGAAACCAUUUGAAUGUAAUGAAUGCAGAAAAACUUUCAGUAUUAGGCAAAGCCUUAUUAAACACCAGAGAGUUCAUACUGGAGAGAAACCAUUUCAGUGUAAUGAAUGUGAAAAAUCUUAUCGCUGGAAGGGACACCUUGUUUACCAUCAGCGAACUCAUACUGGAGAGAAACCAUUUGAAUGUAAUGAAUGUGGGAAAACCUUUAGUCAUAAAGGAAGACUUAUUAUCCAUCAGAGAACUCACACUGGAGAGAAGCCAUUUGAAUGUAAUGUAUGUGGGAAAGCUUUUAGUCAAAAGGUAAAUCUUAUUACUCAUCAGAGUAUUCAUACUGGAGAGAAACCAUUUCAGUGUAAUGAUUGUGGAAAAACUUUUAGUGUAAGACAAAGCCUUAUAAAACAUCAGAGAACUCACACUGGAGAGAAACCAUUUCAAUGUAAUGAAUGUGGAAAAGCCUUUCCUUGGAAGGAACGUCUUGUUUACCAUCAGAGAACUCACACUGGAGAGAAACCAUUUCAGUGUAACGAAUGUGAAAAAGCCUUUAGUCAAAAGAAAAGGCUUAUUAUCCAUCAGAGAACUCACACUGGAAAGAAACCAUUUCAGUGUAAUGAAUGUGGGAAAGCCUUUAGCCAGAAGGAAAGUCUCCAUGUCCAUCAGAGAAUUCACACUGGAGAGAAAGCAUUUCAAUGUAAUCAAUGUGGAAGAGCCUUCAGCUGGAAGGGAGAUCUUGUUUACCACCUGAGAACUCACAGUGGAGCAAAACCAUUUGAAUGUAAUGAAUGUGGGAAAACCUUUAGUCAUAAGAAAAGACUAACUAUCCAUCAAAGAACUCAUACUGGAGAGAAACCAUUUGAAUGUAAUGAAUGUGGGAAGACAUUUAAUGUAAGGGGAAACCUUACCAGACAUCAGAGAACUCACACGGGUGAAAAACCAUUUGAAUGUAAUGAAUGUGGGAAAACCUUUAGUAGCAAGACAAAUCUCAUUACUCAUCAGAGAACUCACACUGGAGUAAAACCAUUUACAUGUAAUGAAUGUGGAAAAGCUUUUGGCAAGAAGGGACAACUUGUUGACCAUCAGAGAGUUCAUACUGGAGAGAAGCCUCUUGAAUGUAGUGAAUGUGGAAAAGCCUUUAGUAAUAAGAAAAGACUUCUUAUUCAUCAGAGAACUCAUACUGGAGAGAAACCAUUUGAAUGUAAUCAAUGUGGGAAAACUUUUAAUCAUAAGAGAACACUUAUUAUCCACCAUAGAACUCAUAGUGGAGAGAAACCAUUUGAAUGUAAUGAAUGUGGGAAAACUUUCAUUGUAAGACAUAGCCUUAUAAAACAUCAGAGAACUCAUACUGGAGAAAAACCAUUUGAGUGUAAAGAAUGUGGGAAAGCUUUUAGCCUGAAGGAAAAACUUAUUAUCCAUCAGAGAACUCAUACUGGAGAGAAACCAUUUGAAUGUAAUGAAUGUUGGAAAACCUUUAGGCAUAAGACAACUCUCAUCAUCCAUCAGAGGACUCAUACAGGAGAGAAACCAUUUGAAUGUAAUGAAUGUGGAAUAGCUUUUAGCUAUAAGGGAUAUCUGGUUUAUCAUCAGAGAACUCAUACAGGAGAGAAACCAUUUGAAUGUAAUGAAUGUGGAAUAGCUUUUAGCUAUAAGGGACAUCUGGUUUAUCAUCAGAGAACUCAUACUGGAGAGAAACCAUUUGAAUGUAAUGAAUGUGGGAGAGCCUUUAGCCGGAAAGGAAAUCUUGUUACUCAUCAGAGAACUCACACUGGAGAGAAACCAUUUGAAUGUAAUGAAUGUGGGAAAGCCUUUAGAAAUAACUCUACUCUUACUGUACAUCAGAGAAUCCACACUGGAGAGAAACCUCAUGAAUGCUUUCAAUGUGGAAAAACUUUCCAUAAGAAAAAGGUACUUCGGGUACAUCAGAGAAUCCACACAGGAGAGAAACCUUAUAAAUGUAAUCAAUGUAAAAAGGCUUUUCCAUACAAGAUCAGUCUUACUGUACAUCAGAGAAUCCAUACUGGAGAGAAACCUCAUGAAUGUAAUCAGUGUGAAAAGGCUUUUUCAGACAAGGCCAGGCUUACUAUACACAAGAGAAUCCAUACUGGAGAGAAACCUUAUGAAUGUAAUCAGUGUGGAAAGGCUUUUUCAGUCAAGGCCAGGCUUACUGUACACCAGAAAAUCCACACUGUAGAGAAACCUUAUAAAUGUAAUCAAUGUGGAAAGGCUUUCAAACAAAAGUACCUUCUUAAUCUGCAUCAAAGGAUCCAUACUGGAGAGAAACCUUAUGAAUGUAAUCAGUGUGGGAAGACAUUUAAAUCUAAGAAUGGUAAGGUUAACCAUCAGCGCAUCCACACUGGAGAGAAGCCUUAUGAAUGUAAUCAGUGUGGAAAGACAUUUAAAUCUAAGAAUGGUAUGGUUAUACAUCAGGACAUCCACACUGGAGAGAAACCUUAUGAAUGUGAUCAGUGUGGAAAGUCUUUUACAGCAAAGUCUGGUCUUACUGCACAUCAGAAAAUCCACACUGGAGAAAAACCUUAUGAAUGUAAUCAGUGUGGAAAGGCUUUUAUACAGAGGGCCAGGCUUAUUAUACAUCAGAGAAUCCACACUGGAGAGAAACCUUAUGAAUGUUUUCAAUGUGGAAAAAGUUUCCAUGAGAAAGAGGUACUUCGGGUGCAUCAGAAAAUCCACAGUGGAGAGAAACCUUACAAAUGUAAUCAAUGUGGAAAGGCAUUUUCAGACAAGACCAGUUUCACUGUACAUCAGAGAAUCCAUACUGGAGAGAAACCUUAUGAAUGUAAUUAUUGUGGAAAGGCAUUCAUUUGUAAAAAGAGUAUGGUUACACAUCAGCACAUCCACACUGGAGAGAAACCUUAUGAAUGUCAUCAGUGUGGAAAGUCUUUUACACAUAAGUCUUAUCUUACUCUACAUCAGCAUGUCCACACUGGAGAGAAACCUUAUGAAUGUAAUCAGUGUGGAAAGUCUUUUACUUAUAAGUCCUCUCUCACUGUACAUCAGGGAAUCCACACUGGAGAGAAACCUUAUGAAUGUAAUCAAUGUGGAAAGGCAUUUGGAACUAGGGGAUAUAUGGUUAGACAUCAGAGCAUCCACACUGAAAUGAAACCUUAUGAAUGUAAUCAAUGUGGAAAGACAUUUAAAUCUAGGAAUGGUAUGGUUACACAUCAGCGCAUCCACACUGGAGAGAAACCUUAUGAAUGUGAUCAGUGUGGAAAAUCUUUUACACAGAAGUCUUCUCUUACUGUACAUCAGGGAAUCCACCUUGGAGAGACUCCUUUUGAAUGUGAUCUCUGUGGGAAGGCUUUCAGACGUAGGGAAUUUCUCAAAAUACAUCAGAGAAUCCAUACUGGAGAGAAACCAUAUAAAUGUAAUCAGUGUGAAAAGGCUUUUACAGACAGGUCCAGUCUUCUUGUACAUCAGAGAAUCCACACUGGAGAGAAACCUUAUGAAUGUAAUCAAUGUGGAAAGCCAUUUACACAGAAGUCUGGUCUUACUGUACAUCAGAGAAUCCACACUGGAGAGAAACCUUAUAAAUGUAAUCAAUGUGGAAAGGCUUUUCCAUACAAGAUCAGUCUUACUAUACAACAGAGAAUCCAUACUGGAGAGAAACCUUAUGAAUGUAAUCAGUGUAGAAAGGCAUUCAGAAGUAGAAAGACUAUGGUUAAACAUCAGAGCAUCCACACUGGAGAGAAACCUUAUAAAUGUGAUCAAUGUGGAAAGGCUUUCAAACAAAAGUACCUUCUGAAUCUACAUCAUAGAAUCCAUACUGGAGAGAAACCUUAUGAAUGUAAUCAAUGUGGAAAUACAUUUAAAUCUAAGAAUGGUAUGGUUGCACAUCAGCACAUCCACACUGGAGAGAAACCUUAUGAAUGUGAUCAAUGUGGAAAGUCUUUUACAGCAAAAUCUGGUCUUACUGCACAUCAGAAAAUCCACACUGGAGAAAAACCUUAUGAAUGUAAUCAAUGUGGAAAGGCAUUUAGAAGAAGGUACAAUAUGGUUAAACAUCAGCGCAUCCACACUGGAGAGAAGCCUUAUGAAUGUAAUCAAUGUGGAAAGACAUUUAAAUAUAAGAACAGUAUGGUUACACAUCAGCACAUCCACACUGGAGAGAAACCUUAUGAAUGUGAUCAAUGUGGAAAGUCUUUUACAGCAAAGUCUUGUCUUAGUGUACAUCAGAAAAUCCACACUGGAGAAAAACCUUAUGAAUGUAAUCAGUGUGGAAAGGCUUUUAUACAGAGAGCCAGGCUUAUUAUACAUCAGAGAAUCCACACUGGAGAGAAACCUUAUGAAUGUAAUCAAUGUGAAAAGUCUUUUACACAGAAGUCUUCUCUUACUCUACAUCAUGGAAUCCACACUGGAGAGAAACCUUAUGAAUGUAAUCAAUGUGAAAAGUCUUUUACCCAUAAGUCCUCUCUCGCUUUACAUCAGGGAAUCCAUACUGGAGAGAAACCUUAUGAAUGUAAUCAAUGUGGAAAGACAUUUAAAACUAAGAACGUUAUGGUUACACAUCAGCGCAUUCACACUGGAGAGAAACCUUUUGAAUGUGAUCAAUGUGGAAAGUCUUUUACACUGAAGUCUUCUCUCACUCUACAUCAGGGAAUCCACACUGGAGAGACUCCUUUUGAAUGUGAUCACUGUGGAAAGGCUUUCAGACUUAGGGAAUUUCUCAAAAUACAUCAGAGAAUCCACACUGGAGACAAACCUUAUAAAUGUACAGAAUGUGGAAAGGCUUUCACACAGAGGGUCCAGCUUGCUAUACACCAGAGAAUCCACACUGGAGAGAAACCUUAUGAAUGUAAUCAAUGUGGAAAGGCUUUUACACAGAAAGCUGCUCUUACUGUACAUCAGAGAAUCCACACUGGAGAAAAACCUUAUGAAUGUAAUCAAUGUGGAAAGGCUUUUAUACAGAGGGCCAGGCUUAUUGUACAUCAGAGAAUCCAUACUGGAGAGAAACCUUAUGUAUGUAAUCAGUGUGGAAAGGCAUUCAGAUGUAGAAAUGGUAUGGUUAAACAUCAGCUCAUCCACACUGGAGAGAAACCUUAUGAAUGUAAUCAGUGUGGUAAAACAUUUGCACAAAAAGCUGCUCUUACUGUACAUCAAAGAAUCCACACUGGAGAGAAACCUUAUGAAUGUAAUCAGUGUGGGAAAGCUUUUACAGACAGGACCUGUUUUACUGUACAUCAGAGAAUCCACACUGGAGAGAAACCUUAUAAAUGUAAUCAAUGUGGAAAGGCAUUUAGAAGUAGGAACAAUAUGGUUACACAUCAGAGCAUCCACACUGAAAAGAAACCUUAUGAAUGUCAUCAGUGUGGAAAGACAUUUAAAUCUAAGAACGGUAUGGUUAACCAUCAGCGCAUCCACACUGGAGAGAAACCUUAUGAAUGUGAUCAAUGUGGAAAGUCUUUUACACAGAAGUCUUCUCUUACUGUACAUCAGGGAAUCCACACUGGAGAGACUCCUUUUGAAUGUGAUCACUGUGGAAAGGCUUUCAGACUUAGGGAAUUUCUCAAAAUACAUCAGAGAAUCCAUACUGGAGAGAAACCGUAUAAAUGUGACGAAUGUGAAAAAGCUUUUACAGACAGACCUACUCUUAUUGUACAUCAGAGAAUCCACACUGGAGAGAAACCUUAUGAAUGUAAUCAAUGUGGAAAGGCUUUUACACAGAAGUCUGGUCUUACUGUACAUCAGAGAAUUCACACUAGAGAGAAAUCUUAUGACUGUAAUCAGCUUAGUAAAGUCCUCAGUCAAAAGUGAACUAUUAUUUCCUCUUAGCCACUGCCAAGUCAACAAACAGCAGUCUUUGGGGCAGCUGUGUCUACCCCAGCCAUACCUUUGGGAGCUUUUGCUCUAUUGAUGAUAUUAGAGUCAGGCUUAUGUUUAAAGGAAGAUUGCAGGGCCCCUCCACUGGCACUGGACUUAGGGCCUUGGCAUAUUGAUCAGACAUGGUCCAAGGCUGUGCCUAAUGAUGCAGCAGCAGGUGAAUAGGAGCAAUGACUGCUAUGUCACUUGGAAGUAAUCCAAGGCUAAGAUUUGCAUAAUUCCAGCUCAAUCCCUUUCUUGUUCCCCUAUGAAAUCAUUGACCAGGUUCAUGAGUAUGAUUACCACUUCAGUUUAGCAAGAGACUCCUUGGCGUCUCAUAGCAUGAGACGUCAGGAGCCUAGAAAGGAGCCUCCAUGGUCUUCAGUGUUAGAUCAACUUUUAUAGGAAAUUUUUAGCUAAGGACUUAUUAUAGUGAGAGCAAAAGCAGAUGAAGCUAAAUUCUAUUUACACAGCUGGAAUUGAACAUUCCAAACCUGGAAUUUGGGAGGUGCUUGUCCAAAGUGACUGAGAAACAAGCUGACAGUUUGCCUUUGGGAGUGAGUUGUGGAGUUAGAGCUUUUGGCAACUGACCAGCAAGCCUGUGGAUUUUAUACUGGGAUCUUGGACAGUGGAACUAAUCUUGGAUUUACUGAGACCUUCAAGCAAGAUCAAGGAAUUACUAGGUAGAGACAGGAGUUUUUCUGGACUUAUGAAUGUGAUCAAUGUGGAAAGUCUUUUACACAUAAGUCUUCUCUCACUCUACAUCAGGGAAUCCACAUUGGAGAGAAACCUUAUGAAUGUAAUCAAUGUGGAAAGGCUUUUAGACAUAGGGACUUCAGAAAAUCCUCUUCUCCCUAGUUCCUAUUGGAGUACUUUGCUGAUUACCUGGAGUUUCCUGAGACCUGAUCCAUCUUGAGACUAUGCAGUGGAUUGCUCCCUGGGAUUCCCAUUUAUCCCCUUCAUUAACAGCCCUGCCUAACCUGGCUGCUUAGAGAUAGUGUUAGAGAAGCCUUUUUCCCUAUCCAACAUUCCCUGACAGUUACCCACAUGCUGAAGUGACAGUUGAUCUUACCUCCUUUCCUGCCCUUGUUAACUAUUAAAAUCCUUUUAUAUAAGCUUCCUUGACUUCUUCCCCGUCUACAAGAACCCACUGUUAAGUUAAACUGUUUCCCUGGCUGUGUUUGGUAUAUUUGUUAUUUCCCCAUCUAGGUGUGAUAGUUUGUUACCUCUCCCAAGUCAGCUGUGGACUAGCUUUUCCCUAGUUGUACUUGUGUUUUCCCUUC